UCUGAUGUCAGGCAGUACCACCUCCUUUUGUACUAUAUGAUGGUUCUUGUCCCCAGUUGAUUCCUGGUCAAGAAACUGAUUCAUCACUGCUAUAUCUGCAUCUGGCACCCAGGUUGACUCGAAGCAUUUAUUCAUACCUCACAUUUACUCUAUAAAUUAUGGAUGCCUUGAACCCACAAAAACUUGUAACAAUAUGUAAGGAUUACAAUGUGCAAGAUUAAGAUGAACUACAAUUUAAACUACAUUAGCCCACCUAAAUUCUACCAACUCUCUGGCUAACAUUUAUAACAUUUCCAAGUGUCCUGACUAUAUAGCAUUUUAGUUUAAGAAAGAGACAGAGCUCCAAAUUCAGAGUGGAAUUCUAGGAAAUAGAAUCAAUUUCAGAUGGAAAGUAGUGGAGAGCAAUUUGGCAUGCAGGAUAGAGAAUACUGGAAAAUCUGAAUAAAAUACAAGUCUAUCCUAAAAUAAUGAUUUAAAUGUAAUAUAUAAUAGAAAAGGCUGACCCUCACUGUUUUCUUUUUGGCCAAAAGUAUAGAAAGAGAAAAGGAAAAUAACCCAUAUUCGAAGUUGUCCACAAGCCAAAACCAAAAAAGUUUUAGUGCCAUAAAAAUGAUUGGGUACCAUGUGAUAAGAGAGAAGGAAUGUCUGUGGAAAACGCAGCACAGAAACACCUAAUGCAGCACAAAUUAUUCCAGCAGCAAGAAUGAAAUCUAUAAGCAAAGGUGUGCAGACAGCAUGCAGUCAGUUAACCUCCUUGAGAAGAACUUGAAAAAAAUCCAGGACCACUUAUCCCUUCUAGACAAGCUUCAGAUGAAGGUGACAGAUGUUUGUGUGGGGUGUGAGGAGACCCGCCGUGACAUGGAGGCCGAGGAGGAGAGGCUGGCGGAGCUGGAAGCCCAGCUGAAGAUCCAGGAUGACACGUUGGACGAGGAGGAGGAUGACGAGGAGGAGGAGGAGGAUGACGAUGACGACGAUGAGAAGGAGAAUGGUAUACUGGAGACGGUCAGGACCAACAUAGCUCAGCUGAGGGUAAAGAUAGAAGCCAUGUCCCAGGAGGCAACUGAGCUGGCGGCCGAUUUGACCAGGUGUGCCCAGCAGAAGAUGGUCUUGGCAGCAGGCCUUGAGGAGGUCCUGAAGGGCAAGCAAGGUGCCCAUCAGCGGCGGGCCGAGCCCCUUUCCUGUGACCAGAAAGCAAAGCGCCUGAAAGAGGAUGGAGGAGAAGGAGACCAGGAGGUGCCAGCCCCGUCUCUACCGCUGCAAGAGGAGGCGGCUGGUGACCUCGGAGCAGAGGACCCUUCUCUCCAGGAAGAGGCUGACAUCGGAGCCCUCCAGACCAGCUGCUCACCCCUUACUGAACAACACCCAAUCCUGGCAACAGUGGGGCUGGGUUGUCGUGCCACUGAGGAGGAGGAGGAGCUGGACUUAACAAGCAGUUGACCUCAAAUGAGCUUCCAAAUGCUGGGGUUGGUGGGGUGAGACGAAUUGUGCUUUACACACAAUUGGGAGACUUGGACUGAUACCUUUGGGGCAAAAGUGUUUGUUGAUUUACUUGGGAAGUUGCCACAGAGAAGAGAGUGGCCAGAAUCCAGGACGAAAAGGCUCCAGCAACUUUUAAUUCCUCUCCAUCCCUCCGCCAACAUCCCCUCCCAAGAAUUAACGCUGACCUAUGACCUCCCCCACCACCACCACCAUUGACCAAAAGUUGUCUUCAAUUAAGUGUGGUGCAACUGUGGACUGGCUGCUUGCAAGUUGUUUUCCAGUGUGCCACGUACGUGUUUUUUGUUUUUCUGGGGAGAGAGACCCCAGUUGGAAUUCUCUGCAAGCCUUUUUAACAGGAAAAUAAUCCUGCCGGUUUUCUCUGUGCCAGACAUUCUUUCUUCCCUUCUAGUCCGUCACAGCUGAUCAACGGGAGGCAAUAGGGCAGAUCUCCAAGCAGAAAAGGGUCUGUGCUUUCAGGAUCCCAGAGACUCUCAACAAUUUUAGCACAGUCCCACGGUCAGGGCAUUUCUGCCUAGGAAGGGUUGCAGUGCAAACAGCUGCCUGCCUUUAAAAAACAAAAACAAAAACUUGUGCUUUGUUUUGAAGUGCAUCUUUCUCUUUUAUCGACAAAUGCACUGUUUGCAUAGCGAUUUUCCUUCUGCUGAAUAUUUUUCUCCCAGUUUGGAAGUGGUUUAGUGCCCGAGCUCCAGUUCCCUUCUUGAGAUCCUCCUCUUCCUCCUAAGACUUUGUUUUUGGACAGCCUCUGGUUUUGUUCGGAGUGGCCUUAUUUUUAAAUGUGUCCUGCUAUGUACAAUGAUCCUGCUUAAAAACGUGUUUCAUCCCUAUGGGUGUCUUUUUGACUAUUUUGGAUUUCGAAUAAAGUCCUUUGAACUUGC